UUAAAAAUGAUAUUUCACCGGCGGCACCUUUUGAAAAUCCUAACUGUUACAGAGCUUUUUGAAAAGCUUUUCCGGCACAGCUGAUGUGGAAAGCUGCCAUUCGCCACCUGGAACGGCGCUUCUCAGAUCUGUCUAUCGUUUCCAGUGAUCAACCUUCGCUAAGCGUAACCAAAACACCCCACGAUGUCAUCCUUUAAGGACAAAGUGAUUAUUGUGACCGGCGCCAGCUCUGGCAUCGGAGCAAGUGCCGCCGUCUACUUGGCCAGACUCGGAGGGCUCCUGGUCAUCGUGGGCCGCAACGUGGAAAAGCUGAAGGAGACGGCUGACAACAUUGUGGCGGCCGGAGGAGCCCCGCCCUUGGAACUGCAAGCAGACAUGACCCAGGAGGCGCAGGUGCAGCAGAUAGUGGACGCCACUCUGACCAAGCAUGGCCGCAUCGAUGUGCUCGUUAACAAUGCGGGCAUCCUGGAGACCGGCUCCAUUGAAAGCACCAGCCUGGAACAAUUCGAUCGCCUGAUGAACACUAAUGUGCGGUCCCUGUACCAACUAACCAUGCUGGCCACUCCGGAGCUGGUCAAGACCAAGGGCAACAUCGUGAACGUUUCCAGUGUCUGUGGACUGCGCGCCUUUCCUGGUGUCCUGGCCUACAAUGUGUCUAAGGCGGCGGUGGACCAGUUCACGGCCUGCGUCGCCCUGGAACUGGCCCCCAAAGGAGUCCGCGUAAACGCCGUAAAUCCCGGCGUGAUUGUGACUGACAUUCACAAGCGUGGCGGCAUGGACGAACAGACCUAUGCCAAGUUCCUCGAACACUGCAAGAUUACCCAUGCCUUGGGUCGUCCUGGGGAUGUCAAGGAGGUGGCCGCCGCCAUAGCCUUCCUGGCCAGCGAUCAGGCCAGCUUUACCACUGGAAUUAGUCUGCCCGUCGAUGGAGGUCGCCACGCCAUGUGCCCGAGAUAGGAUAAGGAUGAGCUAAUGGAGAGAAACCAUGCAUUUAUCGAAUUUUUAAAGUAUACAUAUAAAAUACAUCUGCAUCUUAAAAAAGUCUAAUUUAUAUUAAUAUAAAUUUUUUGGAUUUUUCUUUUCAUAAUAAACUAAUAUUGUGAGUACGU